CUCCCCCUGGCCGUGGCCUUCGCAUCUCGUCACGCACGCCAUGGCCGCCUCCGCCCUGCUCCGCUCGCUCUCCCGCGUCUCGCGCCGCGGCUGCGCGCCCGCGUCCUACGGCCGCGGCCCGUUCUCGCCGUUCUCCUCCGCCGCGGCCGCGGCCGCGGCGGGGGAUGCGGGGGACGGUGCCGUGCUGCCGAGGGGGCUCGCGGGGCUGGGGCCGACGGGCAAGGGGGAGAAGGCGCGGGUGGUGGUGCUCGGGACGGGGUGGGCGGGGUCGCGGCUCAUGAAGGACCUCGACACCAGCGGCUACGACGUGGUCUGCGUCUCCCCGCGCAACCACAUGGUGUUCACGCCGCUGCUCGCCUCCACCUGCGUCGGCACGCUCGAGUUCCGCUCCGUCGCCGAGCCGCUCGCGCGCAUCCAGCCCGCCGUCUCCAGCUCCCCCGGCUCCUACUUCCUCCUCGCCCGCUGCACCGCCGUCGACCCCGACGCGCACACGAUUGAUUGUGAGACAGUUACUGAGGGGGAGAAAGAUACCUUGAAGCCGUGGAAAUUCAAGGUUUCGUAUGACAAGUUGGUCUUUGGAUGUGGGGCUGAGGCAUCGACUUUCGGUAUACGUGGUGUUACUGAACAUGCAACCUUUCUUCGGGAAGUACACCAUGCUCAAGAGAUUCGCAGGAAGCUCCUUCUUAAUCUGAUGCUGUCUGAUGUACCUGGCAUAUCAGAGGACGAAAAACGCAGGCUCUUGCACUGUGUUGUUGUUGGAGGUGGUCCAACAGGGGUUGAAUUUAGCGGGGAACUUAGUGAUUUCAUCAUCAGAGAUGUGAAAGAACGUUACUCGCAUGUGAAAGAUUACGUCCAUGUGACCCUGAUCGAGGCAAAUGAGAUAUUGUCAUCCUUCGAUGUUCGACUCAGGCAGUAUGCUAUAAACCAACUAGUUAAGUCAGGUGUUAGGCUUGUACAAGGAAUCGUGAAGGAUGUACAACCCGACAAAUUAAUCCUGGACAACGGAGAGGAGGUUCCUUAUGGUUUGCUUGUAUGGUCUACUGGAGUUGGUGCUUCAUCGUUCGUCAAGUCAUUGCCAUUUCCUAAGUCAGCUGGAGGAAGGAUCGGUGUAGAUGAGUGGUUACGUGUUCCUUCGGUGCCAGAUGUAUUCGCUGUUGGUGAUUGCUGUGGAUUCCUUGAAAGCACUGGCAAGGAAGUUCUCCCAGCCUUAGCUCAGGUUGCCGAGCGACAAGGCUUGUACCUUGCUCGCCUGCUCAACAGUGUGAUGAAAGCUGGAGGAGGGCAUGCAAACUCCCAGGUUGAAGUUGAUCUAGGUCCAAAGUUUGUGUAUAAGCAUCUAGGGAGUAUGGCAACCGUUGGAAGGUACAAAGCUCUGGUGGAUCUGAGGCAAAGCAAGGGCUCGAAGGGCAUAUCCAUCGCAGGAUUUGCAAGCUGGUUCAUCUGGCGCUCGGCAUACCUGACUCGUGUUGUCAGCUGGAGAAAUAGGCUCUAUGUGGCUAUCAACUGGCUGACCACGAUGAUAUUCGGCCGUGACAUAAGCCGUAUCUAGGGUAUCUAUCUGUAGAUAUCUGGGAUCUGAACCGUACGGACUACAUACGCUAAAAGAAACAUAGGUCUUGAUUACAUUGCAUCUUUUUUCCCUCCUGCUCCUCUCUCUAUCCCUUUCAGACUUGUCAGCCACGUGAGUUCCAAAUGCACAAUUUUUCUUUUGUAAAUUAUGAAUAAAUGAGAAUGAGAUGCAAUUUGAUGGUCUUCAAGUUA